AUGACGGGCGGUCGAUUCGACUUUGAUGAUGGGGGGACCUACUGCGGAGGGUGGGAGGAUGGCAAAGCCCACGGCCACGGUGUGUGCACCGGACCCAAGGGCCAGGGCGAGUACUCUGGCUCCUGGUCGAACGGUUUCGAGGUAGUUGGCGUCUACACCUGGCCCAGUGGGAACACGUAUCAGGGUUACUGGGCGCAGGGAAAGAGACACGGGCUCGGGAUUGAAACCAAAGGGAGGUGGAUUUACCGAGGAGAGUGGACUCAUGGGUUAAAGGGCCGUUACGGAGUCAGGCAAAGCGUAAACACGCCGGCCAGGUACGAGGGUACCUGGAGUAACGGCCUGCAGGACGGGUAUGGCGUGGAGACGUAUGGUGAUGGAGGCACGUAUCAGGGUCAGUGGAGUGGUGGCAUGCGUCACGGCUAUGGAGUACGUCAAAGUGUUCCUUAUGGCAUGGCUUCUGUCAUCCGCUCACCUCUACGAACUUCGCUGUCUUCACUCCGCAGUGAGCAGAGUAAUGGUACAGUACUGCGUGACAGCCUAUCCGAUAGCCCUGCUGGCACACGUGGUGGUUUUGUGCUCAACUUCCAAUCAGAUGGAGAAGGUUCAGAGAAGAGAAAGGGUCUUUUUCGCCGUGGCUCCUUUUUUGGUAGCCUUCAGCGACUACGCAAAUCUGAUUCACGCUCAUCAAUUUCUAGUAAGCGCAGUUCAGCACACAGUGACACUACCAUGAGCCGCAUCAGUUCAAGUGACGCCAACUCUACCAUUAGCUUUGGGGAUGGAGACCCUGGCGAUGACUACCUGCCUCUUGAAGACAGUGUGGAUGCUACCACCACCGAGGCGUAUGUGGGCGAGUGGAAAAAUGACAAACGCAGUGGCUUUGGUAUCUCUGAGCGGUCUAAUGGCAUGAAAUAUGAAGGUGAGUGGUUGAAUAAUAAACGCCAUGGCUAUGGCUGCACCAUCUUUCCUAAUGGGACGAAGGAAGAAGGGAAGUACAAGAACAAUAUGCUGAUCCGGGGUAUCAGGAAGCAGCUGUUCCCACUAAAGAAUACCAAGACCAAACAAAAAGUGGAUCGUGCCAUUGAAGGAGCAGUGAGAGCAGCAGCCAUCGCCAGAACCAAAGUUGAGAUUGCCAUCUCCAGGACGUCCCAUGCCCGGGUCAAAGCAGAGUGUGCAGAUCAGGCUUCACAAUCAGCCUGCCAGGAUUCUGAUAUUGCCCGAGCUGUGGCCAGGGAGCUCUCCCCAUCGUUCCAUCAGCCAGGACCUGACUACACACUGCAGAAGUACAGUGACUCACAAGAUGUAACGGAGAUGCCCAGAGAGGAGACAAAAGAGAAAUCUCUUUCAGGGAGCCCACAUUUCUACAGGAAAGGCACAACACCAACCCAGUCUCCAUCUGCGAGCCCAGGUCCCAGCCCUAGUCCUUCACCUGCUGCUGCUAAAAAGGCUCCAACAGCAGAGGCUUUGACAGCAGGCAUAACAAAAGCAGCGUCAAAACUUUCUCUGAGACAGCAAGUAAGGCAACAAGAGGCUUCUCCCGCAGUCAAACCGUCUGUUACCACAACAGUCAGCAGUUACUCAAGCAAUGGACAGAUUCACUCCCAGUACCAUGGUUACCAUGUUAAAGCAAAUCUGAAGAUUCAACCCCCUGAAGAACCAGUUGGUGUAGUGGAUGAUCUUCACCCAUCUGACCCUGUACACUUGCUGCCAUCACCUGUCAAACAAAUUCAACCACCAGCACCAAAACCCCUGCCAGCCCCUAUCCCUUCACAAGUUCCAGCAAAAGAUGGCACCAAAGCACAAGAGCCUCCCAAGGAAUCACAAAAAAAGGAAUCAAGCAAAUCAAGGAGCCUUGCAGAAACCAAGAAAACCAGUAUGGAAAUAGAUCCUGAAAUUGUAGAGGACAAAUCGGGCCCUAACUCCAUCUUGGUGGUUCUUGUGAUGCUGUUGAAUGUAGGUCUAGCAAUCAUUUUUGUCCAUUUCCUCACCUGA